UCACACAAAAAUGUAAUAUUUAGCUAAACCAACAAUUAUGGCCUCAGCACAUAUACUAAGUAAAUCUGAUUCGUAUUGGUCGAGCGUCAAUUGCUUUGCAAUGCUCGAACAGCCCUAUGAGGAGCGUUGCGAGUUUGUGCGAAGAGCCAAGAAAUGUGAACUGAGCAUGAAUCUUGUGCCUUAUUUGGAGCUGUUGGCCUGCCGAUUCAGGUGUCGCAAUCAAUUCGAAGAACUCGUCUAUAUAUCACUGCUGCUAUUCUUCAGCUUCGAGUUGAUGAUCUGCUUGGGCUAUGUGCUGCAUUACUAUUAUACGCCCAUGCUCCGUGCAGUGGCGAGGAUUCUGCAUAUGAAUGACCAUCUGGCGGGAGUGAUGAUCAUAUCAAUUGCCAAUACGCUGCCGAAGCUAUAUGGCAGUUGGUCGGGCCUGGAAUUGAGGGCACUGAAAGCAUCUCAGCUGUCCCAUGGCUUCUCGUUGAUUCUCUUCGUGGCUAUGUUUAGUGGGGGAUUAGUUUGCUAUAUGAGACCCCUUCGGAUGAACAGUCACCGGACUAUACGUGAUCUAUUAUUCUCCGUCUAUGGCCUCACGCUAUGGGAAUAUAUCUCUGUAAACGAUGGCGCGAUUACGUUCCCUGAGUUUUUGCUGCUGAUCCUCGUUUAUUGCUUCUAUUUGACUGUCAAUGUGCUCGAUCUCUAUAUGCAGCACAUCAGCUUGAAAUUGUUGCGACGACAAAUUCAGCUGCGAAGAACUAACGUACAAGCCAUAAAAGAAAAGUACUACAUACUUGUUCAGGAUCUACGACUUGGAACACCCGUUCGUUCGUAUACCAAUUCGAUUUGCAAUGAAUUUCAGAAUAGCAAGAAAGAACGCUAUCUUGGCCUGAAACUCUGCCGCCUCAAGGAUUGGCAGCGGGCCAAUGCGUUGAUACGCGCCUUCUACAUUGCCCGCGCCCCGAUCGUGUGGCUGUGCACCAUCUAUAUACCCCUGGUGGAUCAUGAGCGGGACAGGCAUGGCUGGUGUAAGCUGCUCAACUGCAUCCAAAUAUGCCUCAAUCCGGCGCUAACGAUUGCCAUCAUGUCUCGCGGUACGUCCAUGUCGUCUCUCUAUGUACUUUGCUCGUUAAUGUUGAGCCUUCCGGUAUGCGUGCUCAUGUUACUCCGCUCCGAUGCCGGAGUUGCGCCCAAGCAUCAUUCGAUGUUUGCUAUUUUGAGUCUGACUGGAUGCCUGUUCAUCGUCCAGCACCUGGUCAAGGAAAUAUCGUUGAUCCUGGAACUGAUUGGCACGCUAAGGCACAUGUCGCCCGGUUUUAUGGACGUCUCUGUCGAUCCCAUUGCCAAUGGCCUAACGGAUCUGGUUACCAGCUUUUCCCUGUGCAAACAGGGCUACGAGCGAAUGGCUUAUGCAGCAGYAAUCGGCAGCUCCUUUCUGAAUAUCAUUCUGGGCAAAGGUGGCAGUCUGAUCACGGCAGUUAUUCUGUACGGCAUAAAUGCCGAUGAGGAAAUGAUAAAUGUUUAUUGCGAAAAUGCGCUCAUUCUCUUGAUCCUGGGCCUGCUAUCCAUGCUGCUAUUGAUAUCGCUAUUCAAAUUCAAUGCACAACGCUCGAUGGGCAUUUACUCCAUGUCCAUUUAUUUGCUAUAUUUUCUAUUCACUGCACUUGUGAUGAAAUGGACUUUUCACAAAUUUCAAAUAGACUUUUCCUUCAAUACUCAUGGAUCAGAUUCUUGAAGAAAAGAGA